GAUUACAUGAAACUGGGACCUUCCUGUUCCCAGCAGCCCCCUGAGCCGAGGACUGAGCGUCUUGCGCUCCCUGCGAGCUUUCUGCCCCUGCCGGGGGCGGGGGGGGGCGCGGGGGGGCGCACGAUCAAGACCAAAUCAGAGAGGAUCUCUUGCUCCCUUCUGCAACUCCUGUCAGCCAUAAGAUUCCAGCUGGUCAAGGUUUCCUACAAUGGAGUGUGAAGACCCAGAUAUCGUGGAGAUCCAUGACUCGGACGAUGGAGAGAUCGUGAGGCAAGUUUACGUAGCUGAUAGAGAUGUAGUGAGUGAAGGAGAAGAUUUCCUGGAGCAUGAGCUCAGGCAGCCCAGCUGGAAGGGAGGGUCGCAACAGGAUGGGUCCGAAGUGGAACAGCAACAGAGCCCACUGCCACCCGGUAGUUAUGACGACAGCGAAGUGGCCGUCGCGACCACAGUGGUCCCGCGUUCCGGCAAGCAGCGCCCGUUCAUCUGCAACGAGUGCGGCAAGAGCUUCAGUCACUGGUCGAAACUUCUGCGGCAUCAGCGCACGCACACCGGAGAGCGCCCCAGCACCUGCUCCGACUGCGGCAAGAGCUUCUCUCAGAACUCGCACCUGGUGCAGCACCGGCGCACCCACACGGGUGAAAAGCCCUACGUGUGCCGCGACUGCGGCAAGAGCUUCAGCUGGAGCUCCAACCUGAUCCAGCACCAGCGCAUCCACACGGGAGAACGGCCGUACACCUGCGGGGACUGUGGCCGCAGCUUCACUCAGAGCAAGAACCUAGCUAAGCAUCGGCGGACACACACAGGCGCACGGCCAUUCCGCUGUCCUGAGUGUGGCCGUGGCUUUGCUCACACUGCCGGUCUGGUGAAACACCAGCGCCUGCGCCACGACAGUGACUCCCCCAUUGGCCACCCUUGUCCAGAAUGUGGGCAGCGGUUCCGGGCCCCUUCCGAGGUAGAACGCCACCGUGUUGCCCACCAUGGCAUUGCCCCCUCUGAGCCCUUUAUCUGCGUGGAGUGUGGAGAGUGUUUCACUAAGAGUACCACACUUGUCCGCCACAAGAGAGUGCACAAGCCGAUCUUUGUACAUUGACCUCCGGCUCCUGCCGGAUGGGGAAUUACGACCGCAUCGCCAGGCGGGUAGUCUGGAGUGUUCGGCUUGUGAUAUGAGGAGACUCUUUGACUCUUAUGCGGGCUCUCCUUGAUCAAAUCCAAGUGGGAGCAAUGAGCAAACCCAAUGUGGUGAGAAGGAAAUGGGGCUGAGAGCACAGACGUCACUCACUCAGUGGGAGAGACUGCUUGGGGCUGGAUGACUUGCCUAUGGGGCAAGAGCAACAUGGAGUACAAUUCUCACUGAUCUUCUGCAAACCAGCAGAGCUUGGGCUCUGACGCUGUAUAUAAUGUGGGGGAUAUUCUUUAGCUAGAAGCCAUACUAGAAAUCAACAAGGGGGGGGGGGGGGGGGGGAGAAGAGAUCCACUCUCCAAACAAAAUAACUGACUGGAUUAUUGAGGAAAGGCACUUCUUGGCUUAAUUAGGUUGACCUUGGAAAGAACAUGGAUUCUUGGUUGCCUGGUUUGGGCAGUGAGAGGGA